AAAAUCCCAAAAAAAAAAUCAAAUCGAAAUCAAAAUAAAAAAUUGAAAAAAGCAGACAAAAGUGAAGAUUUGACAACGGGCCUUUUAUUUCGAAUUCUACCCCCCCUCCCUUCUUUCUUUCAAAGCUAAGGUUUGGGGGUUUUGGCUUCUUCUCCGUUGAAGUCAUGGCCUCCGGGGUUGCAUAUUUUGAUGAUGUGAGAGUCAGUCUCGAGGUCGCGGAUACCCCCAUAAACGAAGACAAUAUUGAGAGCGCCGAACAUCUUGGAGAGCAAAUUCAGCACUCAUCCAAAUCAAGUGUUGUUGUCGCCGGCAACGUUCGCGAGCUCUUGGAAUGCCCCGUCUGCUUGAAUGCAAUGUACCCACCCAUCCAUCAGUGUUCAAAUGGACAUACUAUAUGCUCCGGCUGCAAACCUAGGGUACACAACCGUUGCCCCACAUGCAGACAUGAACUUGGCAACAUCAGAUGUCUUGCUCUCGAAAAGAUAGCUGCUUCUCUUGAACUGCCUUGUAAAUACGAGAGCUUUGGAUGUAUCGGUAUUUAUCCCUACUACUGCAAGCUGAAGCAUGAAGCCCAGUGCAUGUAUCGGCCGUACAAUUGUCCUUAUGCUGGAUCUGAAUGCACUGUAGUAGGUGAUAUUCCUUAUUUGGUGAAUCAUUUGAAAGAUGAUCAUAAGGUUGACAUGCAUAAUGGAAGCACUUUCAAUCAUAGAUACGUGAAAGCAAAUCCACAUGAAGUGGAGAAUGCGACCUGGAUGCUAACGGUCUUCAGUUGCUUCGGGCAGUACUUCUGCUUACAUUUCGAGGCAUUUCAGAUUGGCAUGGCUCCAGUCUACAUUGCAUUCUUGCGUUUCAUGGGAGACGAUAGCGAAGCUAAAAACUACAGCUACAGUUUAGAGGUCGGAUCCAAUGGACGAAAGAUGACAUGGCAAGGAGUACCGAGGAGCAUCAGAGAUAGCCAUAGAAAGGUUCGAGACAGUUAUGAUGGGCUUAUAAUACAGAGAAACAUUGCAUUGUUUUUCUCUGGAGGAGAUCGAAAGGAGCUGAAGCUUAGGGUUACAGGUAGAAUUUGGAGGGAGCAAUGAGAGUUUUUGGAGUUAGGUGUUCAGUUUGGCUCUUGAUGGCAAGGUCUCUUUGCCUGUAGUGAUCAAUGGAAAACUAAGUGAAAUGUAGAAAUCAAGAGUGUUAGUAUAUAUAGUAUUUAUUUAUGGACCAUAAUAUUGCAUUUUCCUCCUUUGUAGUGAAAUAUGUUUGCCAUUCUGUUAUAAGUAUGAAUCUACGAAUAUUGAGCCUGCA